AAGCUACAAAAUUCUUGGCUACAAUACAGCGCCUAUGCGAGCAACAGGUUGCCUUUCAGUGAUAUUUUCAGUUUAGUCGUCGAACGACAACGAUACGAACACGAAUCAUUUGUUGUAGUUUCCGCGUGAAAAUUACAGAAAAGAUUCCAAACGAAAACAAAAUCAGCGUCUAGUGCAAAAUGGUGUCCGUGGAGACGAUCGGUUCUAUAUUCAUCAAGGCCCUGAAGCUGAUCAUCAACCUGGUUAUCAUCUUCCUGUACCGUUGGGGCGAUGGCGGCGAAUUCCUGGGCAUCGGCGGCACUUGGAACUUGAACGAGGAGAAGAGCGCCGAUGCGGAAAUCGUAGCCUCGGGAGUGAUGGUUGGAUUUUUGAUUUACACUGGAUGCCACACGAUUGCCUUCGCAUUUGGCACCACCAAGCAUAAGGGAGAGCUCUGUGACACCAUCAUGAACGUGGUUGGCUGCAUCAUGUGGAUCGCCGUGGGUGGAGUGGCCCUGCACUACUGGAAGGGUUAUAUGUCCGACGAGGGAUUCCUGUACGUAAACUCGGAGCGCCAAGUGGGCAUUGCCAUGGGAUCGCUGUGCGUCAUCGAGGGCGCACUGUAUCUGCUGGAUACCGUUUUGGCCUGCAUACACUAUUCGAAGGGCGACACCGACUACCCGCAGUAAAAGUGGAGCAACGGGGCAAACAAUCGCAAUCGCCGAAUAACCACAUCCACAUAUUUCUUUAUACUUAGAUCGAUUUAAGAACAAAUUAGUUUUUAUACGCAAUCAAAUGAAGUUCGCAAGGGUCAAUUGUCGCUCUACUAUACACUAACUGUUUCAUUACUUUCACUAUUAACGUCCAAAUUUCGGCAAAUACAAAUAGUUAAGACUUCGCCAUCAAUACAAGCUUUUUUGUGCAUUCGGGAAAUACUUGUGAAAUUUGACAUAUAUACAAAAAACACUACCUAACAGAUUAAAAUAAUAUAUUUUUGUUUUCUUUAAGCUAAAUUUUUAAACUAAAAUAUUACGGAAAACUGCUGUUUUACUGAUAUUCAAAUAUUGUCAAGCCAGUCGUUUUGCAUUUCUAAUGAUAGUAAAAAAUAUUUAUUUACUAUAAA